AUGCCGCCAAAGGUCUCCUUCGUCGAGCCAGACUGCACAUGUCGGGCCAGCGACCACCCCACCACACCAGUACGCACACAAAGCUGCCACCGCCACCACCCGCCAAACAUGGACGAGAUCCUGCCGGGGCUGUUUCUCGGAAACCUCACAGCAGCCGAAUCAGCAGAACACCUCUCCAAGCACGGCAUCACACACGUGCUCUCCGUCACGUCGUCGUGUCCGCUGGUGCCGCAGGGCGGCGCCGUGGUGGUGGCGUAUGUGAUGAAAGCGCGCCACUACACCCUCGACGCAGCACUCACGCACGUCGUCGCGCAACGGCCCAUCGUGCGGCCCAACAGCAGCUUUAUGCGGCAGCUGCGGGCGUGGGAGGGGGCGGGCUGCUCGCCGUGGGUGCGCGAGGAGCUGGCGGCGAUCGUGCGGCCGCGGGUGGUGGGGCGCGCGGGCAGCCGGCGGAGGAGGAGCGUGUUUGAUGAGGAGUGGGUGGUGGUGGGGGAGGUGGGGGAGGAGUGUUGUGGGGUUAAUGGUGGGGGUGGGGGUGGGAUGGGGGGGGUCACUGGGGUGGUGGAGGCGGUGGGGGGCGUGGUGAAGGGGGUGUUUUUGGGGCUGGAGGGGGGCGGGGUGAGGGGGGGGAGGUUUGUGGAGGGGGUGUUUUCGUAG